GUCUCUCUAUAUGAAAUCCUUCUUUGCUAUUAAACCGCGCCAAUGGUUUUUUUUAUUUUUUUUCUUCUUUUCUGUUUUAACCGAAUCUCACUCGCAUCAACAUGUCUACAAGUUCAAGCGCAGCAAUCCCCAUAACCUCACUGGAGAACCAUUUCCCGCAAUCGGAAACCAAAACCAUCGGUGAAUUUAGCGACUCCUCCACGUCCUCAUUAUCUCCAAUGACACAGGCCUUUCCUUUCUCCUCUGGAAACCCUAGAAUCGAAGAGACACGUGGCGUCAUGCAUCUUUUCUCAAAUGACGGCGUUUCUGGUCUUCCGGUUGGAAGGAAAAAUCUUGUGUCUGUUAUUGGAGUGCCAAAUCACAUGACUUAUGCAGAUUUUUGCCAGUUUUGCGCUUCUUUUAUUCAUCAUAUAUUGGAAAUGCGAAUUGUCAGGAAUGAUGGGAUGGAGGAUCGAUAUAGUAUCCUGAUAAGAUUUGACAAUCAGGACUCUGCAGACAGAUUCUACCAACAUUUUAAUGGCAGACAAUUUAAUUCUUUGGAGGAAGAUGUUUGCGAUGUGCUUUUUACAGUUGAUGUACAGUUCACUGGUUAUAGUGGUUCGCUCGACACCCAGCCUUCUGUGGCAAGCACAACUGAACAGCCUUCAUGUCCAGUUUGUCUUGAGAGAUUAGACCAAGACAUGGGUGGAAUUCUCACAACUAUCUGUAAUCAUUCUUUUCAUUGCUCGUGCAUUUCAAAAUGGACAGAUUCUUCUUGUCCAGUUUGCCGAUAUUGUCAACAACAACCUGAAAAAUCAACAUGUAUUGUGUGCCAAACUUCUGAGAAUCUAUGGCUUUGUGUUAUCUGUGGUUUUGUUGGCUGUGGGAGAUAUAAAGGAGGACAUGCCAUUAAACAUUGGAAAGAGACACAACACUGCUACUCUCUUGAAUUGGAAACUCAGCGUGUUUGGGAUUAUGCUGGUGACAAUUAUGUUCACAGACUGAUUCAAUCAAAAACUGAUGGAAAAUUAGUUGAAUUAAAUUCCCACUGCGUUCAUGCUAAUGAUGGUUGUGGAAGUUUUGAUUGUGUGAACUCUGGAAUCAGCGAGGCUCGUUUGAACAGCAAAGUUGAAGCUAUUGUUAAUGAAUACAAUGAACUCCUAACAACUCAACUUGAGAACCAAAAACUAUAUUUUGAGAAUUUGCUGCAAGAAGUCAGAGAAGAAACUGAAAGAGAGAUUUCAGAAGCAGUUAAGAAGGCUGUUGCACAAAAAUUUCCAAAGUUGCAGGCUAAGCUGGAAAGAUGUCUCAAAGAGAAGAAAUUUCUCGAUGAACUCAACGAGAAUCUUUUGAAAAAUCAGGAGAUAUGGAAGGCAAAGAUAUUGGAGAUAGAAGAGAGGCAGAAAAAGGCUUUGAAAGUGAAGGAUGAUAAAAUUCAGGACCUUGAACAGCAGCUUAGAGAUUUAAUGAUGUACCUAGAAGCAGGAAGAACAAUGGAGCAGGUUUCAAUAUCAAAUGAAAUUAAGGAUGGAACUGUGUUGCCAAUGUCAGUGGAGUCUUCUUCAGGGAUCAGUUCCAAGGGCACAAGAAAGGCUAAUAGUCGCAGAAAAAGCUGAGAAUGAGGUUAAUAAUGUGCAUAUCAAUAGUCCUAGCCUGAUUUUUGAGACUUCUGAUUUCUUGGUCUAAUAGUCCUAGUCUCAUUUUUAUGCAGUUCGGGAGUCUUAGUUUGCUACUUUUUAGGAUAUUUGUAGUAAAAUUACCUUGAUCCAAAGUCUUUUGUUGUCUGUGCAUUGGUACUUUUAUAUUUUUAGAGAAUUAUAUUUGUACAUAAUAUGAGGAUUUUUAAUGGAGAAGAAAAUGAGAGAUUUUUAUGUAUUAUGCUAAAUACUAUAUUUAUAUACGAGGAGGACUGCUUAUCAUAGUUAGGUUCA